AUGUCCAUCCCAGCCUUCCCUCCAGAGCUUCUCGAGCACUGCUUCUCUUAUCUUCCUACCUCCUCCCUCUCUGCCGCCGGCCAUGUAUGCCGCUCUUGGUGGUCUCCAGUCCGAGAAGUUCAGUGGCGCCGGCGGAGGAUCCAUUUAACGGCCCAGACUGCCGAGAAGCUCGCCGUCCUUCUAGGCCCCGGCACAACGAUCCCGCAAAUAGUCGAGGCUAUUUGUGUUGAUGAACCAAUCAACGAUGAGGCAAUACAAGCCUUCAGAGAGAAUGUCAUUACCAUCAUGAACCACUUUCACGCACGUUCUGAUUUGGUUCUCGACAAUUUUGGCCUCUGUAACCUUUCCGAGGGCCAGCAGCAAGAGUUCCUCAGACAGGCGCGACCCCGUAGAUCGCUCAUUGUGAAGUGGCUGAUGGCAAGUGAUUUGAGUCGGGCGAUGAGAAUUGUUUUAGACCAGCCUGAUAUCAGUUUUCUGGGGGUCGGUCUGGUAUCAGUGGAGGGGCCAGUUAUUACCGAUGGGGCGGAAAUCCUGCGCCGAUGGAAGGAGCACAAGGUCGAAAACACUGAGAACGAAAUCGCUUCCAUUGCUGUACGGCUGGGAAAUCUUCGAGCCCUGUGUCUUUACUCGGCCGAGGGGCCGCCCCUCGACGGCACACAUUGGGUUGUACGAAAAGUCUGGUCACACAUUGUUCCGGCGCUAUCGAGAGCCAAACUCCCAAUGCUUGAGACUCUCGUUGCCGAAUCUCCACAGGAAACAAGAGUAAAGCUGGAGCGAUUAAUUCGCGCCACGGCUGCCACACUUCAAUCUCUGGCUGCAUCUUUCGACGAUCCUGGCAACUUGGUCCUUCCGAAGAUGCCCUGUCUUAGAAACCUAAGCAUCAACCUCCGCACCCCGGGUCGAGGAAACCUAGGCAAAACAGGCAUUGCUUCUGCUCUGGCCACGAUCUCUUCAGCCGCGGCUACUCUGGAGCACAUCUUCCUACAUCUCACGACCAGCCCGCAGUACAGGGAUAUAGAUCAAUGGCAGGAACUGGAUGCGACCAUGGCAGGGAUGCCAUGUCUGCGUCGGAUCACCAUCAUUGAUUACACACCUGGGUUCUUCGGUGACGUGCUGCGAGGUCAAUUGGAUGUUUGCCGUAGCAAAGGUCUUAUUGAGGUGAAGACGGCGGAGGGUCGGUCUUGGAGCAAGAAUGCUUUUGCGGAUUAUGACGUGGGAGAGACGGAAAAUAGAAAGCAGAUAUUCAGGUACAACGGUGAAGUCUGUUGA